CUUUACCACAUUCACAUUUUCGAUCCUUCUCUGCCAGAGUAAUCCGACGAGUUUUGAGCGAAAGGUUCGGCUGCUACAUUUAUAAGAAUCACCUCAAGAGAACAUUGCAUCUGUGUGGCAGCAAGAGGAGAACCUGAAAGUUAAAUAAAAAUAGCCGAUUCUGGACAGCGGCCAGGAAGCGACGUCACCAUAUUUAUCAUAGCUCACGCACCAAACAAAUCGCCGGCAGUUCGUGGAAUCUAACACAAAAUGCACCGUGCAAGGACAGUUAUCAACAACCUGGUGCCCCUGGCCCCCCUUGUGCCCAAAAUUGCCCCCAAGAGGUUCGCCUCGUGGCUCGCGGCUGCUCCCAACAAGAUCAUCCUCAACUCGCCGCCAAAACGAUGGUACAUUGCUCCUGUCUCCUCGGAACCUUUCCUCAACGGAAGCUCCGGAAGUUACGUCGAGGAGAUGUACAACUCCUGGCUGGCCGACCCCAAGAGCGUCCAUGCGUCCUGGGAUGUCUUCUUCCGAAACUCAUCGUCGGGCGCUGGACCUGGUCAGGCGUACCAGCCACCACCUUCGCUAGCACUGCCAGGUCGAAACGAAGCUCCCCUGUCUUCCUUGGCGCCCUUCUUGGGCGGCUCAUCGGCCCUUGGAGGUCAGGUGGAUGAGAAAAUUAUCGACGACCACUUGGCCGUUCAGGCCAUCAUCCGAUCGUACCAGGCCCGGGGGCACCACGUAGCAGCUGUGGACCCUCUUGGCUUAAAAUACGCUGACCUGCAUGCUGUCUUCAGCGACCGAAAAGGCGCACCCCCCGAGCUUGUAGUCCGAAACUACAUGACUAAAGGGUCAUCAUUGGAAAAGCUACCCGCCAGCACAAGUUAUUCAGACCUGGAAAGGAAAGUUGCAGCUCUUAUGUCGCAGGAGAGAGACAUGGACCGCGUCUUCAAACUUCCAUCCACGACGUAUAUUGGCGGUAAGGAUAAGGCCCUCCCUCUGAAGGAGAUCCUUCGGCGCCUCGAAACCGCUUACUGCCGGCAUAUCGGUGUUGAGUUCAUGUUCAUUAAUUCGCUGGAGCAAUGUAACUGGAUCAGGCAGAAAUUCGAAACUCCGGGUAUCAUGGAGAUGGACAGUGAACAGAAACGUCUCAUCCUGGCUCGUCUCACCAGAGCCACUGGUUUUGAGGCAUUCUUGGCUCGCAAGUGGUCGUCGGAAAAGCGAUUCGGUCUCGAAGGUUGUGAGAUAUUGAUCCCUGCCAUGAAGCAGCUCAUCGACAAGUCCACCGAGCUGGGCGUCGAGUCGAUUGUGAUGGGAAUGCCACACAGAGGCCGCCUCAAUGUUUUGGCCAACGUCUGCCGCAAACCUCUGGAGCAGAUCUUCACCCAGUUCGCUGGUCUUGAAGCCGCUGAUGAUGGAUCUGGUGACGUGAAGUACCACUUGGGCACCUACAUCGAGCGUCUGAACAGAGUUACCAACAAGAACAUCCGACUGGCUGUGGUCGCCAAUCCGUCCCACUUGGAGGCCUGCGAUCCCAUCGUGCAGGGCAAGACUCGCGCCGAACAGUUCUACCGAGGUGAUGGCGAAGGCAAGAAAGUCAUGUCGAUGCUUCUGCACGGUGACGCCGCCUUCUGCGGCCAGGGCAUCGUGUUUGAGACCUUCCACUUGUCUGACCUGCCCGACUAUACCACCCAUGGAACCAUCCACAUUGUGGCCAACAACCAGAUUGGCUUCACCACCGAUCCCAGGCACUCCCGCUCUUCUCCGUACUGCACAGACGUGGCUAGAGUUGUCAACGCUCCGAUCUUCCACGUCAACGGCGACGACCCUGAGUCUGUGAUCCAUGUCUGUAAUGUAGCUGCCGAGUGGCGUGCAACCUUCCACAAGGAUUGUGUCAUUGACAUUGUGUCAUACAGACGUAAUGGCCACAACGAAAUCGACGAGCCGAUGUUCACGCAGCCGUUGAUGUACCGUAAAAUCCGCAACACCAAGCCUGGCCUGCAACUUUACGCUGAAAAGCUCAUUAAGGAGGGCACUGUCACCCCUGAGGAGGUCAAGGAUGUCGCUGACAAGUAUGAAAAGAUCUGCGAGGAGGCGUACACCAACGCCCGUAAGGAGACGCACAUUAAGUACAAGGACUGGCUUGACUCUCCCUGGUCCGGCUUCUUUGAGGGCAAGGACCCUCUUAAGGUGUCCCUCACUGGCAUCAAGGAAGACACCCUGGUGCACAUUGGAAAACGGUUCUCCUCUCCUCCUCCCAACGCUGCCGAGUUCGUCAUCCACAGGGGUCUCGAGCGAAUCCUCAAGGCCCGCAUGGAGAUGGUCGAAGCCCGCAUUGCAGAUUGGGCCAUGGCUGAAAGCUUUGCUUUCGGAUCUCUCCUCAAGGAGGGCAUCCAUGUCCGUCUCAGUGGACAGGAUGUGGAGCGCGGUACAUUCAGCCACCGUCACCAUGUGCUGCAUCACCAGCUCGUUGACAAGGCGACCUACCGGCCACUCUGCUUCCUCUACCCUGACCAGGCUCCGUACACCGUGAGCAAUAGCUCACUCUCCGAGUUUGGAGUGCUUGGAUUCGAGCUUGGCUACUCAAUGACGAACCCCAACGCUCUUGUUUGCUGGGAGGCGCAGUUCGGUGACUUCAACAACACGGCUCAGUGCAUCAUUGACCAGUUCAUCUCCUCUGGCCAGGCCAAGUGGGUUCGCCAGUCUGGUUUAGUCAUGCUCCUUCCCCACGGCCUUGAGGGAAUGGGACCAGAGCACUCGAGCGCCCGUCUGGAGCGCUUCCUGCAGAUGUCGUCCGACGACCCUGACUACUUCCCUCCAGAGAGCGAGGAGUUCGCAGUUCGCCAGCUGCAUGACAUCAACUGGAUCGUGGCUAACUGCUCCACCCCUGCCAACUAUUUCCACGUUCUGAGGCGGCAGAUUGCCUUGCCCUUCCGCAAGCCGCUCGUCAUCAUGACACCCAAAUCGCUGCUUCGCCACCCUGAGGCCAAGUCCAGCUUUGACGAAAUGGUGGAAGGCUCUGAAUUCCUGAGAGUGAUUCCUGAGACUGGAGUGGCUAGUCAAAACCCAUCAUCUGUCAAGAAGGUGGUGUUCUGCACAGGAAAGGUCUUCUACGACAUCAAGAAAGCCCGUGGCGCCCGGGAACUUGACAAUGACAUCGCCAUCGCCAGGGUUGAACAGAUUUCUCCAUUCCCAUUUGACCUUGUGAAGCGGGAGUGUGCCAAAUACCCGAACGCUCAGCUAACCUGGGUCCAGGAGGAGCACAAGAACCAAGGAGCUUGGUCGUACGUCCAGCCCAGGUUCAACACUGCUCUGAACAACACGCGUGUCGUGACCGGCAGAGCAAGUGGAACCGAAUCUGGAAUCUUUAGCUCUUUAGUCGGUGUGUUUAGCAGAAGUGCUAAAGAGGAAGCGUCGCAGCACACUGCUCGCGGCGAGCAACCUAAUGUUAAAAGACUGAUUAGAUACGCAGGAAGGCCGACCGCUGCUUCACCCGCCACUGGCAGCAAGAACCAGCAUCUGAAGGAGCACGCUCAACUUCUCGACGAUGCCCUGGCCUUGUAACGUGUCUACUCCGCAAAACAUUUGUACAGCCCCCGUUCCAAGUGAGCACCCCUGGACGAUUUGCACUGAGGCUUGCCUGAUGUAAUUUUACAACACAUUAGCGUUAAACCGAAUGAAGAAAGAAACCAAAUGCUGUCAAAAUUUUGCAUACUUAUUUUGUACUUAACCAAACACAUUUCGAUGCACUCAAAUUAGGCUGUGCUAAUAUUGCUGGCAUUAUUGACAUGGCUUGGAAAUCUUUGCAACAGACCCAUCCGUAGCCCCAAAUCGAAUCAAUUCGGCAGAGUAAGCCUUAGGUAUUAUUGUUUCAAGUUGAUGUGCUGUUAACGCAUUGUUACUGCCUCUUCCACAGCAUUUUGUCAAAUGAUCGAAAACCCUAAAAUUGCUAAAAGAAUGUAUUACCCUCACGCUGGGAAGAAGCAAUCCAAUAAUUUAAAAUGAAUCAUUAUACUUAGCGUUAAGUAGUAAUUUAUUUGUGAACCAAACCAGUUGUAGUUAAAGAUGAUUAAACGUUCAUUUUUAAUUUAUAACGUCCGCCAUUGGAAAAUGAGUUCUUAACUGUUGCGAAUACGAGAGGAAAUGUCUUGGAAUACUCAUUCAAUGACGUGGAAUACGUUCACACUGAAAUGUUGUGCCGUCUAUGCAGGUGUUGAAACCAAAGGCGUGGAAAGCAGACUGAUUAUAAAGGUGUUUUCAGACAGCAUUGUCGUAAUAUUCAGUUUUCAAGUUACUAAUGGUUACAGAUUGUUGUACCUGCACUGAACAGCCUAAUAAAUUAUUAUUUCUGACAGAAA